AUGAAGCUGUCAGAUCUUUUCCCCAUUCAGAGCCAGUUAGACUAUGCUUUAGAGGACGCGACGACUCAAGAAGAGAAAGAAAAUCUUGUACAUCAGUAUUUGCACAAAAUAGACGAAAAUGACGAUUUAAUUAUACCAGAUUUUGAAGAAGGACUGGAAUGGUUGAACACAGAUGGCCCAUUGUCACUCAGGAAGGAACUAUCAGGCAAAGUGGUGGUGCUUGACUUCUUCACCUACUGCUGCAUAAACUGCAUGCACCUACUUCCUGAUCUACACCAGUUGGAGCAAAGUUACACCAUAGAAGACGGUCUGGUUGUUGUAGGUGUGCACUCGGCUAAGUUCCCCAAUGAGAAGGUCCUAAAGAACGUACGCAGUGCGGUGUUGAGAUAUGACAUCACCCAUCCUGUAGUGAACGACAGCGAUGCCUGUCUGUGGCAGGAGCUGGAGGUGUCCUGCUGGCCCACGCUGGUACUGCUGGGACCCAGAGGGAACCUGCUUUUCUCCCUGGUGGGUGAAGGCCAUCGAGAACAGCUCUUCCUUUUCACUGCUGCUGCCCUCAAGCACUACAGAGAACAAGGGCUGCUCAAGCACCAUGAUGUGGGAAUUAAACUGUAUAGAGACUCCCUGCCUCCCUCCAUCCUCUCUUUCCCUGAGAAAAUAGCCAUGGACCCCAGUAGCAAGCGGUUGGCUAUUGCCGACACAGGACACCACAGGGUACUGGUGGUCUCCAAUACUGGGCAGGUGCUGCACUGUAUAGGGGGUCCCUCAAGUGGGAGACGAGAUGGAAAUUUGUUUGAGGCACAGUUCAGCUCCCCACAAGGGGUGUUCAUAAAGGGAGACAUGGUCUACGUGGCUGACACUGAGAACCACCUUGUUAGAAAGAUCAACCUUUCAGAAGGAAAAGUCUCAACCUUAGCCGGCACUGGCGUUCAAGGUACAGAUAAAGAAGGCGGUGCACUGGGACCACAACAGCCAAUCAGCUCUCCCUGGGAUGUUACCCUUGGCAAAGCAGGUGGUGAUGUUUUGUGGAUAGCCAUGGCAGGAACGCAUCAGAUCUGGGCUCUCUUCCUGGAGGACGGGAAGCUUCCCAAAGGGAGCGACAGCAAAAAAGGAACAUGUGUGCGCUUUGCGGGCAGUGGGAAUGAGGAGAACAGAAAUAACGUGUAUCCUCAUAAAGCGGGUCUGGCCCAGCCGUCAGGCCUGGCUCUUGCCCCAACAGAGCCCUGGGAGUGUCUCUUUAUCGCUGACAGUGAGAGCAGCACCAUUCGUAGCCUUUCGCUGAAGGAUGGAGCAGUCAAACAUGUGGUGGGGGGAGAGAGAGACCCUCUGAACCUGUUUGCGUUUGGAGACAUUGAUGGUAAAGGCAUAGAUGCAAAACUGCAGCAUCCAUUAGGAGUGUCCUGGGAUGAGGGCAGCAGCCUCCUCUAUGUAGCCGAUUCUUACAAUCACAAGAUCAAAGUGGUGGAUCCGAAGACUAAGCAGUGCAGGGUGCUUGCAGGCACAGGGAAGGCUGGGAACGGACUUGGCCCGAGCUUUCUGGAGUCCAGCUUCAAUGAACCCAGAGGCCUGUGUCUGGGUGAAGAAGGAAAGCUGCUGUAUGUGGCGGACACCAACAACCAUUGCAUCAAAGUCCUGGACCUGGAGACCAAAACUGUCUCUUUGUUUCCCAUUGUAGUUCAGCAAGAGGUUGAUGCUGUCCUCACAACCGCCACUAGCAACACACCUGCGGUCAGAAAGCUUCCCAAGCUUCCCAAAUCAGCCCCAGUCUUUACAAUGCCAUCAAUCACAGUUCCUUCAGGACACUCAGUGACACUUUUGCUGAAAUUGGCACUACCGGCUGGGACCAAGCUGACCGAAGAAGCCCCUAGUUUCUGGUGCUUAUCUGCAGAAGGUAAUGAGUGGUUACUGGAAGGGCGAGCUGUGACGGGGAGCAUCAGUGAUCUCUCUGAACCCAUCUCGAUCGUCUCAUCAAUCCCAGUGGCCCCUGCGUCCACAGACCCCACGCUGAUGCUCGACGCCUGGGUCUACUGCUGCCUUUCUGAGGGCGGGGCUUGUAUGAUGAAGGCAGUGUCCUUCAAACAGCCUCUUCUGAUUGAUUCCACAUCUGAGGAAGGUUCUGUUGCUGUGAUGCUUGAGCAUGCCUUUUAAAACAAGUGUCCACCCAAAGGAUCUUGGAGCACAUUUAAAGGGAUACUUUACCCAAAAAUGAAAAUUCUGUCAUAAUUUACGCAUCCUCUUGUUGCUCCAAAACUGUGUGACUUUCUGUCUUCUGUGGAACAUAGAAGAUAUUUUGGAGAAUGCUGGUAACCAAACAAUUUCAGUUACUGUUGACUUGCAUUGUACGGACAAAAAUUACAAUGCAAGUCAGUGGGAAUCAAAACUGUUUUGAUACCAUCAUUAUUCCGAAUAUCUUCCUUUAUGUUCCUCAGAAGAAAAUAAGUCAUAGAUGUUUGAGGGUGAGUAAAUGUUGAAAGAAUUUUCAUUUUGGGUCAUCCAAAAAUUAAAAUUGUCAUUUACUAAACAUCAUGUCGUUGCACCACAGAAUUAAAAUUUUAUCUCACACCUUUUUUUUCACAAUUCUGGCUUUUUUCACAAGUCCAAAUAGUGAGAGGAAAAAUGUCAGAAUUACCUUUUUUAUUUUUAUAUUCCGGAAACAAGCUUCCAUAGUUUUGGA